GCUGCCUCACGUCAGACAGACAGAGCCGGCGCUGAGGGGGAGGGGGGGGGCUGCGGCCGCCAGUCGGAAGCACGUUGCCGGCAGGAGAGGCUGCGCGGCUACGGGCACCGGCGGGAGAGAGAGAGAGAGAGAGAGAGACAGAGAGAGAGAGAGACAGAGCGAGAGAGAGGGGCGGCGAUGGCCGACUUCCUGGAGAAGAUCCUCAACAACCUGCUGGAGCCCGACACGGCGCUGAUCCAGCAGGCCACAGCUCAGUUGAAGGAGGCGUUUAAGGACCCGUCAGUGGUCCCUGCUCUCUGCACAAUCCUCGCAAGUGCACCAAACCCUCAGAUACGUCAGUUUGCAGCAGUGCUCGUGAGGAGAAGAGUGGCCAAACACUGGAAGAAACUCUCCGUUGAACUGAAAGAGAAUUUAAAGCCAGUGGUUUUGCAGUCUCUCCAGCAGGAACAUGAGCACAAGGUGCGGCAUUCUGUAGCCCAGCUGGCUGCCAUCAUCGUCAAACACGAAACGCCAGAGAAAUGGCCCCAGCUACUUCAGUUUAUAACCCAGUGGACGAAGAGCAGCGUUCCGGGGGAGAGACAGGUGGGGAUGCUGCUACUCAGCACCGUGGUGGACAUCAGCACCGAGUCCUUCAAGCGCCACUUCCGCGAGCUGAUGCGGCUCUUCCACCAGACUCUGGAGGAUCACGACAACCCUCUGGUGGUCUUCUACACCAUCCAGACGCUGACUGCCGUGGUGUCCUACAUGGGCACUGACGAGAUGAACAUGAUGCGACCCAUGAUCCCAAAGCUGCUGAUCGCGAUCCAGGCUCUGAUACAGCACAAUCAGGACCAGGCCAGUGAGGCCAUGGAGGUUUUCGACGAGCUGAUGGAGAGUGAAGUUUCUAUCAUCGUGCCGUACCUGACACAGAUAGUCCACUUCUGCCUGGAGAUUGCAGCCAACCCCGUUCUGGGGGACAACCUGCGGGUAAAGGCCCUGUCCUGCGUCAGCUUCCUGAUCAAGCUGAAAGGAAAGGCCGUCAUGAAGCAGAAGCUGCUGCCCAGCAUCCUGAACACGCUGUACCCCAUCAUGUGCGCCCCCCCACCCGAGGGGGAGAUGGACCCCGAGGACCUGGACCUGGACGACGACAUCGAGGACGAGGUGGAGGCUCAGACCCCCAAACAUUUCUCUGCACAGGUCAUCGACAUGCUGGCUCUCCACUUGCCUCCAGAGAAACUCUUCUCCCAGCUGACCCCGCUGAUGGAGCCGGCGCUGAGGAGCGAGAACCCGUACGAGAGGAAGGCCGGUCUGAUGAGCAUGGCCGUGUUGGCAGAGGGCUGUGCCGACCACAUCCGCCAAAAGCACCUCCACCCCAUGCUGCAGUGCAUGUGCCAAGCCCUGGCAGACCAGAGCCAGGUGGUGAGGAACGCUGCACUCUUUGCCCUGGGACAGUUCUCCGAGUUCCUGCAGCCGGAUAUCAGCAAAUAUUCCGAUGAGAUCAUGCCACUGCUCCUCAACUAUCUGGGCACCAUCGACAACUCGAAGGGGGGCCACCUCACCAAGGCCUACUACGCCUUGGAAAACUUUGUGGAGAAUCUGGGGAAGAAGAUCGAGCCCUACCUGCCCACACUAAUGGACCGGAUGUUGACUGCCCUCUGUUCGACCAGCAGUAGCCGGGUCAAGGAGCUGGCGGUCAGUGCCAUCGGUGCAAUCGCCAGCGCUGCCAAAGAGGCCCUGCUGCCCUACUUCCAGGCCGUGAUUGUGCAGCUGAAAGGCUACUUGGUCAACACCAGCGAGGAGCUGCGGCAGGUCCAGAUCCAGUCCCUGGAAACUCUGGGGGUGCUUGCACGGACCAUUGGGAAAGACGUCUUCUUGCCGCUGUCUGAGGAGUGCUGCCAACUUGGCCUCAACCUCAUUGACCACGUGGAUGACCCUGACCUGCGUCGGUGCACCUACAGCCUGUUUGCUGCCCUGUCGGUGGUGAUGGGACCGGGCAUGGCCCCUCACCUGGAGAAGAUGACCACCGUCAUGCUGCUGUCCAUCAAGUCCACGGAAGGGGUGACGGCCCACUAUGACAACGACAGCAAGACCUUCCUGCUGCUGGAUGAUGACCUGGAUGAGGACGAGCCCAUCACCGAGGAGGAGGAGGAGGAAGAUGAUGCCGACAUCACCGGUUUCAGCGUGGAGAACGCCUACCUGGAUGAGAAGGAGGAUGCCUGCGACGCCCUGGGAGAGAUCUCCGUCAACUCUGGGGCUGCCUUCAUGCCGUACAUGGAGUCGUGCUUCGAGGAAAUCUUCCGCAUCACCGACGUGAGUACCCGGCCGUGUCAACCUUCACCCCACCCCCUCCGAGAGCAG